UCUCCCAGCAACGGAGCCGUGGUAAACAAGCUUGUCCCUAGCAACGCGGCCGGGCCUUCGACCUGUCUGCGGUUAUAUCGGGCAACUUUGUGUUUUUAUUGUGAACAGCUCCUCGAACAAGAAGCCAAGAUGCCGCCAAAGCAAAGAAAGAAACAAAUGUCGUCCAUUAUGAGCUCAGCUAAGGGACAAAGACUUACCAGAUCUGAAGAAAAAGUCCUCAGACAAGAGGAGGAGAGAAGACGCUUGGAAGAGGAGGAGCUAAGGCUGGCAGCUGAACGUGCAGAACAAGAGAGACUUGAGAAACUGAGACUUGAAGAAGAAGAAAGGGCAAGAAUUGCAGCAGCGGAUAAAGCACGUAAAGAACUUGAACUACCCGAACUUUACCAGAUUUUGGAAAGAAAACAUCAUACUGUUCAGAAGGUGCACAAAAGCCGGAGAGAAAUGAAGAAGUGGCAACGUUACAUGCGCUGCGAUGGGACCCCGGAUCCAACAAUACCUCAGGAGAUUAAUACUUUCAUAAACCUUUCAAAAGAGAAUCCAAAUGUAGAUGUAAAAAGUUUGCUUGAAGGAGGUAGAAUAAUAUUACAGCUUUUGGAUGAAUUGGAAAUGGUAUUAACUGACACUCCACUUGAUGAGUUGUUGGAGGGAAUUUCGAACCAGUAUCAGCAGACCAUUUGGGAUCUUCAGGAACUUCUCUCCGACAUUAAUGAUAAAGCAACUGAUAUCCUUCUAAAGAAAGCAAUUGAUCUUGUUGACAUUGAGACUGGAAAUAUGCAAGAAGUAGUUACUGAUGAGAACGUCACUCUCUGCUUGUGGGCAAACUUCAACAAAAAUCCCAGGUUUAAAGGUUAUGCAUUUGUCAAGCAUCACAUGGAAUUUGAACUCCCUAAACCAUUGGCCAUGAGUGAUAUUGCUGUACGGAUUUUACAUACACAUUAUGAUCACAUAUCCUGCCACAGUCCUGCGUUUAAUGCUCAUCAGAGAGCUUUUAAAACUAAGCCAGCUGCAGUUGAAAUUAGGCAGGAUAUACAUGAGGAUAUGGAGGCACUAGGAGAGAUAGAGGAAUACCAAACUAUUGAAGACCAAAACAUACCUGAAGAACAAAAAUCUCAUGAAGAACAAAACAUUCCUGAAGAGGAACAAGCUCUCGAAAAGAAGCUAUCAGCUGAUGAAGAAACAAAACGAACGGGAUCAAAGAGUGCAAUAAGUGCCAGUUCCAAGGAGGAAACAGAAUUGAGAAGCAGAUCACCAAGCGUAGAACGAAUUGCCGACGAUAUUGAUGCAAAGUUACCAAAUACAGAACUCAUUUAUGAUGAAAAGACAUCAUUUGAGGCAAUCGAUACGAGCAUUGUUGACUUUAAUCAGUACACACCACUGGGAGGAGUAUAUUAUUUUGACGUACUGAAGUUGCCACCUCAGCCCAAGUUUGUUAAAGGGUGGAGAAUUGUCCAGCUGAAAGAUACAGGAUUGGAAUCUGCUCCCUAUCCACCAGAGUCAACCAAGGAAGACAGUCCCACCCCAGAUGAAAAGGAAGGUGAAAACCGUCAUGCACUGCCUGCAGGAAUCACACUCAAACUCCCUUCAAAAGCAUUGUUCUUUGAACAGCCUAAGCCUGCUCGAUGGAAUCAACGAGAAAAACACUGGAGGACGGAUGGCAUUCACAGCAUCACAUUUGAGCCAGGGGAACAGAUAUUGUCCUUUAAAAUGGACACAUUCAAUAUUUUCACUCUGAUACAGAGAUAUCAUGUCAAUAUGCCUUUCCAAUCCUGGGUACUUAAACCUGGGGCAGAAAAUGAAGCUAUUUUAACUGUUGUUGCUGCUUUUACCAAAGUGGAAAUUAGAAUGAAGGACCUGUGCCAACUAUGUCCUGUCCCAGUGGAAGACAAUCUCUCUCACUUAAGAGGGAAGUGGAUGACUGCUUCAACUCUAAUCAUUUCAAUGAUAAAUGCGGGAUUGAACAUUUUUCCUGGAGCUCAUUCUGAGAAAUAUGUUAAGACAAUUGAAAAGAACAAGGAGAUGGCUCAGAACACAUACGUGCAGAUGGCCCUGGUGAGUUCUGCAAUAGCUUUUAGAUCCAGUAAAUGGAACAUACACUCUGAACCUGAAGAAAUAUUGCUUCAGGCUUGUGAAAGUUUAUCUGGCGAGAUGAUAUCAGAGGAUGACUGGUCUCUGUACAUGUUACACCCAGAGAGGUGUCACAAAUUGAAGAUGAAGGAAUCAAAUGAACAGUUGUCAAAUGAAAUAGCUGAAAAUACUGAUUUUUACUCUAACUUGUACCACAUGAUGAGGGGCUUAGCCAGUGAUGUCGCAAAGGAGAGGAUUCUAAAUGCUGACCAUCUCUUUGUUGGUUCUGUGCAAGAAAUUCUAGAGGCCACGAAGGUGGUCACACACACAGUGCAGGUUAACUGAAGACUUUAUUGAGUAUGAUUUACACAAGUACAUCUAAACUUAUUAACUUCAUAGACAUGUUAAUCUUGCUGCUUUUUACAUUAAUAUUUAUCCAUUUAAAAACGAUGAUUGGGAACUUGACAUAAAGAACAGCCAAAAUAUUUUACCUGUUUUAGUGACCAAAUUUGUCUUUAAUAGGCAAAAAAUUAGAGUUGAACAGCUAUUGUAAAAUCACCUACUGUAUCAUAAAAAAUUUUUCAAACGUAGAGACAAUCCAGAAAAGUGUUUUGACCACUAUUUAAUGUUUUCCUGUGUACCAUAAUUUGUCAAAGCUAAAAUCUUAAACAACGUACUUUAGUUUUAAAAUAAUCCCAUUCCGUUUUGAGCCACUCAGCUGAAAAUCAAGAAGAGUCUGAGAGUUGCAAUGCAGAGCCCACUUGGCUGGGAAAUGGAACUGCAAGUUAUACAGGGGGCUGCCCAUUGUGUCGAAGUUCUGUGUAAGGCCAUAGAAACUGCUGUAUCGCUUUCCAGGAGUCCCCAGAGACCACGGAGGCAGCAUCAACAGAUGUGUGGAAUGUCCAGCCAAUGAGAAAGCUGCCCAAAAUGCUUAGUGAGAAAAAAAGUAUAAUAGGCAGCCAAGGCAAUCGGUCACCUUUGGAAAACGUAUCCCACAAUUCCACAAGAUGCCGCGAUAUCCCUCUAUAACUGAAACAGAAUAAACAGAUUGAAAGGUCAAACCAUACAUCAUACACACUGAACUUUCUCUAAGACUCAAAGCAAAACCCAAUGGAGGGAAGAUUUUUAAACUGCUAGGAAAUAUACUGACUUGAAAAUAGUCAUCACUAAGAUAGAAAAAAUUUUGAGCAUUAAGUGGAUCAAGGCAUUUAAUCAUAAGCAUGGGGUCAAGUGAGUGGACAGCGUUGAGCCAUCAUUUAUCAAAGAACAGAGCAGACUCAUUGCACUGUAUGGUCUUUUCUUGUUCCAUUUCAUAUGUUCGCAUAUGCGAACCUCAUGCCAAAAACAAGAAUAACGUUAAUGCUUAAUUUCACAGGAGUUCCUGGUUUCGAUGAGUGGACCUAAUCCAUAACAUUUAUCUCCAUCACCUCACUUCUACCAAAAGAUCCAUUGCAUUUUUCCAACAUUUUUAGAGCAUUUUUAAAAAGCUUUACUCAACUACACCAACAGGAAAGUGGAGAAAACAAAGAAAGAUGAGGUUAGGGAGGAACGUGGUGAAAAAUGAAUGGCUAUGUACAAACACUGUCAAAAUGAAUAAA